AUGACAACACUUACCAAAACAGAAACAACUGAAUUUCUUAGCGAAAUCGAAGCUAUCUACGAACAACCGCUUGCAUACAGGCUUCGCGCAUCAUCGAAAUGGGUUAGCAAGCCUUUUAAGGAACGUAACUUUUUCGAAAAGGUUGCGAGUAUAGAAUUAGCAAAUAAGAGAAAUUAUGAAGUUCAACCAAAAAAUCCCAAGCCACCACCGAUACAUAAUAUUUGGAUUGAGCGCUUUUGGCUGUGUUAUACCAUUCCUCCUGCACUUAUUAUUCAAAGACUUUGGUAUUAUCUUGUAUCCGAAACCAGCUAUUUUCAUGCAUGGCAUCCACUGUUUGCAUUCCUUUUCUAUUACAUUGCAUUCUUUGUUUUCAUUACACAAGUCGCCAAACGCAGUCAGUAUUACAUGAACUAUUACGGAACAUUCGAUGAAGAAAAUCGACCACGGGACUAUGUUCCAGACAAGCUAGUAACUCGUUUGGUAAUGAGUGUGAAUAUCUACAUGAUGGCACGUACUGCUGGUGGUUUAAUUCUUGGUGGUUACGAUCGUAAUACUCCACCAUCACUUGGUCAUACUAUUUCAUGGUUUUUUGUUGUUAAAGUUGGCCUGUGGCUAAUCGCAUUAGAUUUCUUCUUCUAUUGCUACCAUCGUAUUGUUCAUAUCGUUCCAUUUCUUUGGAGAAUUCAUAGUUUACACCAUUGUACCAAACAUCCAACUGCGCUGCAAUCGAUUCUAGCUGGUGAUAUUCAAGAAUUAAUUGAAAUUUUUCUUGUUCCAUUUGCUGCUUCAAUGAUUAUGCCUUUAACAGCACAUGAGUUUUGGAUUGCUCAGUGUGUAUUGAUCUAUAUGGAAGCAGGUGGCCAUUCUGGUAUACGUGCUUAUUGGCCACAUGUUAUUUUAUACGAAGUUUUAAAACCAUUUGGCAUGGAAAUCUGUAUUGAAGAUCAUGAUUUGCAUCAUCGAUAUGGCAAAAGUGGAAUGAAUUAUGGUAAACAAACGCGCAUUUUCGAUCGAAUCUUCGGCACACAUUGUGAUCGAGUUGAAUGUGUACAAAAAUAG